CAUCGCCAUCGACGAAUCGCGGCUGAACAGCAUAAUGUACUGCUUGAUGCUACUAGUCAAGCGAUUCUUAUCUCUACGCGGAGCGAAGCAAGUUGUUCCCAUGGUGAUAAUGUGGGACAUCCUCCUCUCAAAUCGAUCCCAGUUACUCUUUUUUCACUGUUUUUCCUCUUCUGCAGCCGGCGUUCGAGACUCGGUGGAUGAACGCAUCUGGAGAGGAGAACCCAAUAUGAAAAGUAUUCUCCAUUUCUUCCUGAAAACGAAAGCCACUGAAGCUUCUGCGCGCUCAUGAUUCCGACGAAGUCAAAGGGUAAACCCCUUUAUUUAUUAAAGAUGAUCUAAGAAAAAAAUGGAAUGACACGUCUAAAAUAAUUGUCAAAUGCCCACCGAAUAUAUAUAUGUGUGUAUGGGAAUGCAUUUCGAAUAACCAAUUGGCAACUCAUCCUGUAAAGCCACCCUUCUUAGAUGAAGUUCGGGAAGGAGUUUUUGUCCCAAAUGGUGCCGGAAUGGCAGGAAGCGUACUUGGAUUACCAUAAUCUGAAAGCAAUUUUGAAAGAAGUAAGCAUAUCUAGGCAGCCAAAAGCUCCGGAUGCCUCAGGAAAGCUAAAGAGAAAGAUGUCAUUGUAUAGAGCUUUCAGUGGGCUUACAACGCAGAGGAAUUCUCCAAGGAAGCAGGAUGAUGCAAUCAUCACAAACAUAGUUCAUAAUGGUUCUGAAGAGAGCUAUCAGAGCAUGUUCUUUAUGUCAUCUGACCGAGGAGGUGGAAAUGAGGUGCUAUUCUUUAGGGAACUUGAUGCUGAGUUUAAUAAAGUGGUGAGGUUUUACAAGAAGAAUGUGGGGGAGCUGACGGUGGAGGCUGAGGAAUUGAGCAAACAGAUGGAUAUUUUGGUUGCUCUAAGGAUUAAGGUGGAGAAACCAGAUGUUGCUUCCAAUGAUGUCGAUGAACCUGUCGAUCUAGCAGGAGCUGCAGCUUCCUCAACUGUUAAUUCCAUCAAUGGAAGAAGUACAGAUUGUGUUUUAGAAGGACGGUCACGCUUCGAAAUAACUCAGGAAGUUGAGACGGUAGACGAGGAGAUGGAAGCAAAAGAGGGCAACAGUUACAGCAGGAAGGGGAGUAGGGGAACAACUCAAACCAUUCAAGAACACAGGCCAGCUUCAUUAGACUUGUUACCCCAUGUAAGGGUUAAUAUCGCUCCUGAAACACCAGUAUCAACCUUGAAAUACAUGGUUGCGAGUUCCAAAGCUGGGUUAUCAUAUAAGAAAACGGAGUUGAGGAAGUCAGAAGAAUUGGUGACUCGGGCCUUGAUUGAAUUUUACCAAAAGCUUCAAGUUCUAAAGGGUUACAGCUUCUUAAACAUUUUGGCUGUUUCGAAGAUCGUGAAGAAGUAUGAUAAGAUAACGUCACGUCGAGCGUCGAAGGUCUACUUAGAAAUGGUGGAUAAAUCUCCUCUUGGCAGCACUCUGGAGGUCACAAGGCUCAUAGAAAGAGUGGAGGCUGUUUUCAUUAAGCACUUUGCAAAUGGAAACCGAAGAAAAGGGAUGGACAUUCUGAGAAGAAAAAUCAGAAAGGAAAAACAUGGAAUUACGUUUUUCUCUGGGGUUUUCUUCGGCUGUGCCAUGGCACUUGUAGCGGCCAUUAUUGUAGUGAUACACCUAAGAAAUAUCUUUGAGAGCACAGGGCGCAGCCAGUACAUGGAUAACAUAUUUCCUCUGUAUAGCUUUUUUGGAUUCAUCAUCUUGCACCUGAUGAUGUACUCUGGAAAUAUAUACUUUUGGAGGCGUUACCGUGUCAAUUACUCAUUUAUGUUUGGCUUCAAGCAAGGGACAGAGUUGAGUCACCGGGAGGUCUUUUUUCUUAGUACAGGUCUUGCUGUGCUCACAUUGGCUUGUGUUCUCUCACAUUUGGACAUGGAGGUGGACCUGAAAACCAAAAGAUUUGAAGCUAUAACCGAGUCAAUUCCUCUAGCUCUACUCACUGUUCUUCUUCUUAUAAUAUUUUGUCCUUUUGAUAUCAUAUUCCGUUCCAGCCGCUUCUUCCUAAUUCGUAGUGCAUUUCAUCUGGUCUGUACACCGUUCUACAAGGUUACACUCGAAGACUUUUUCUUGGCAGAUCAGCUUACUAGCCAGGUGCAAGCCUUCAGAAGUUUAGAAUUCUACAUCUGUUACUACGGGUGGGGUGACUUUAUACGAAGAUCGAAUACAUGCAAAGAGAGCAAAGUUUUUGAAGCCUUUUACUUUGUUGUUGCAAUUAUUCCAUAUUGGAUCCGUACUCUUCAGUGCCUCCGGCGCUUGAUCGAAGAGAAAAAUGUGAUGCAUGUGUUUAAUGGACUGAAGUACUUCUCAACGGUCAUUGCAGUUGCUAUGAGAACUGGCAAUGAUUUGAAUAUGGGGAUGACUUGGAGAAACUUGGCUGCUGUUAGUUCUGUUAUUGCAACAAUUUCAGGCACAUACUGGGAUAUAGUAUGCGAUUGGGGUCUUCUGCGACGAAACUCGAAAAAUCCAUGGUUGAGAGACAAACUAGUGAUAUCCAACAAAAGCGUUUACUUUGCAGCAAUUGUACUGAAUAUCUUGCUACGACUUGCUUGGAUGCAAUCCGUAUUAGGCUUUAGAGAAGCUCCAUUCAUCCAUAGGCAAGCCUUAAUUGCGAUCGUCGCCGUGUUGGAGAUUAUUCGACGAGGAAUCUGGAAUUUCUUCAGGUUGGAGAAUGAGCACCUAAACAAUGUGGGGAAAUACAGGGCAUUCGAUUCUGUUCCACUUCCUUUCGAUUACGACGAGAUGGUGUGAUGAGAACCCGCUUAUGAAGAUCAAAAAGAUACUGUCUUGACUCAUUUUUUCAUUCUUAUACAUGGGUUGGCUUGGUUUUCUUUGUAUUUUAGUUCAAAUGUAGAAACUAAAUUGUUGUCUCAUAAUAUUAAGAGAGGAAUAGGGUUAAUCUAGCAUGAUAAUCUGUAAAAAAGAGAAAAAAAAAGAGGUAUAAAGAUACUAUUUCUUCCAUACAAAUGGAGCAGUGUUUUCAAAGCCA